CUGUUGUAGCGCGGGAACAGGUUCGUACAGGUUCGCCGCCGCCGUCAAGGCUACCUCAUCGCACCACGCGAAACAAGUUGCCAGCUCGCUUUACGCAUGACGGCUCCGUGUAGCAUCUGCCUAUCUCUCUCUCAUUUAUGUAUAACGUAUCUUGUCGCACUCUUCUACGCCCGCAUCAAGGCCGGCGGCCGCUCGGUCUGCGCCACCGCCGCCGCCGGGCCGCGAGCGCAAGUUUAGUCGAGUAACCGAAAGAGUCACGAACGGUACAGACGCUAGUCUGUUGUUUUGUCCGUUUAAUUUUGUAUUUGUCCAUGAUUAUUUCUUUUGUUAUAAAGUAACACCUAAAUUGGUCACAGUUUUGUCAUUUAGUGCUUUUAAAGCGAAAAUACAGUGAUUACGAUACUUACAAUCAACAAUUAGUUUUAUUUUCUCACGUUAAAAAUGGCUGCCCAACGUCUGGCCGAACGUAAUUAGCUACUUAGGAUUUGUGUUGGACCUAGAUGAACCUAGAAGUGAAGUGUACCGUUGUAGGUAUUAGGCUUUAUUUCGCGAAAGUGCGUGCCGAAUUCUCACUCUAGUGUUUUAUAUUACCUAGGAUACCUAACGCCUAAGACUGUUGCUGUUCGUAAGACUUUAUUUAGUAUUAGUGCUGAGUUUAGGUCUUGUAAACUGUGUAAAUACAUUUGUGUGGACCUAAUAAGUUUUAUUGUUGACUGUAAGUUAUUGUAAAUAUAGUUUAGGACAUUAAAGACAUUGUUUUGUGUAUAGACUAUUGACUGUGUUUCGUUUUAUAACUGUGACCUGUGUUUUGUGACAUUUACGUGACUCUUAUUGACGAGUGAGCAUAUCGGUAGUUCGGUUGGUGUCUUGUGUGGUAGCCGUUUUGUUCAACCCUUGUUGGUUGUGCGGUACCACAUCGACGGAGCCCGCGGUUGGGUUGCUGUCGAGAUACCGACGCUUUAGCGCUGCGGCUGCGCUGCAUUGUGACUGCGCGCAUCUUAGACCUCGCGCUGCCACCGCUGCCGUAAAGGGAAGUAAACCUUUUAUUUGUGCCUUCUUAUUACCGUCGGACUCAGGACUAUUUAGUGUUGUAAUUGUGUUUGGGACAUUAUUUUUAUUAUUGUGGACUUAUAGUUUUUUAUCACAAUAAGUAAUUACUUUUAUGGACACGUUGUAGUAGUGCGUUUUGUUAAAGACUUUUGAUUAUUAUGUUUUAUUGACUUUUGAACAUUAUUUAUUCAUUGUGUGUACUAUAGUCGGACCGUGAUAGUGCAUUUUAGACUAUAUUAUAUCGUGUUGCGUGUAAGCUUAAUUUCGUAAAAAUGGUGCUAACGAGAUCUCGCGCGAAUAGUCCCGGACAGCGUUCUGACUCGGCGCCUGCUGGCGCUGACGCUGCUCAGAGUGGCCAUGUGACGCCACCUGCGACUCAACAGCCUGUGUCACCCUCGGUGCAUGAGGCACCCACACAGCUGUUCUCGCCGUCGUCUACGUCUACAAUCACCAUGACGGAUUUUCAUCUACAACAGUUGAUAGCUGCGCUGCGAGUUCCGACCCCGCCCGCUACUGCAAACGCUAUGGGAGUUCACAACAAUAAUGCUAAUUUCGCCAAAUGCACUGCUCGUUUCGACGGAGCUCAGAACUCCGACGUUGUUGCGUUCAUUGACGCAAUUGAAAUCUAUAAAGAAUGUGUCUCCAUCGAGGACAAUAUUGCGUUACGAGGCCUUCCCAUGUUACUCACCGGGUUGGCUGGCACAUGGUGGCAGGGCGUCAAGCAUUCUGUGACGUCCUGGACAGAAGCAGUUAAUAUCUUACGUCAGACAUUUGGUCCCCGUCUUCCGCCUCAUAGGAUUUAUAGAGAAUUGUUCCGAGUGGAACAGUAUAAUGAGAAGACAGACGUAUUCGUCUGCAAAGCAAGAGCUCUGAUAGCUCAGCUGCCAGCUAAUACGCUUCCAGAGAACCCUGUCCAAUUGGACAUGGUCUAUGGCCUACUGCAUCGGCGAAUAAGAGAGAAGGUCUCCAGGCAAUCUUUCUCCUCUUUUUCGGAAUUACUAGAAAAAGCGCGCGCAGUAGAGGAUCUCCUGGAGGAGGGCCAUAAGACCACCACUCAAGGGCGACCCGUGGUAAUACCUGCUCCAACUGCACCCAAGUCAGUUGAGACUGCUCGCUCACCUCCGAUGUCGUCUUCAACACCUACAAGUUCGAGUUCCUCAGACAAUACAACUACGAAGCAUAGACCUCGUUGUGGGUACUGUAAAAAGUUUGGCCACGACAAGGAGUCGUGUAAGAAAAUUCAGAUGAAGAACUCAACCCCACCAGGGCCUACAGUAGAGACUGGACCUAAGCAGGCAGCGCCUGUUGUAUGUUUUGGCUGUGGGGCUCCGGGCGUCAUCAGGUCGAAUUGUGGGACCUGCAAGAGAGGAGAUGAUUCAUCGACGACAACACCGUUCCAGUCGAUUUCUGCAGUGGGCACUGCGCCGAUUGAUGCGCGUGCGCGGCCCAUAGUCGACGUCAAGAUUUGUGGUUGUAGUGGUCGUGUUAUAGUAGACACUGGUGCUCAAUUGUCUAUAGCUAGUGAUAGAUUAAGAAAGGUUUUAGUAGCUAAAAAUGUUAAUUUAGUUAACACUUCUUUAGAUUGUAAGUUAGCUAAUGGCUCUGUUUGUAAGAAAAAGGUGGAAACUGUAUCUGUCGAUGUAGAGCUGCAAGGAGUCGUCAUACGGACGAUGUUUGUAGUUUUACCUGGUGCCACUGACUCUCUUAGGCAUGAAUUUCAUCCGAGACGCUGGGAUGGUACUUGACUUUUGCCGGAAUAGGUUUUCUUUAGGUCAUAGGUACUUCCCGUUGGACUUCGAGAAAGGCGUUUCUCCUGUAACUUAUUCUUUUGUAGCCCUUCG